AUGGACGGAGGCAGUAGCCUCAACAUCCUCUACGUCGACACCUUGGAAGCCAUGGGAGUCCCGCGAGGCUGCUUGCGGGAAUCCCUCUUCCCCUUCUACGGCAUCCUGCCGUGCAUGAAGGCGUACCUAGUCGGCAACAUCGACUUGCCGGUUACGUUUAGUAGCAAAGCCAACUUCCGCACCGCAACCCUCACGUUUGAUGUGGUGGACUGGAAGGGGGUGUACCAUGCCAUUCUUGGAUGCCCCGCCUACGCCAAGUUCAUGGCCUACGUGAGCAGCCGCGAGUACUAUGACCUCGCCACCACCGCAGCAAACUCGAUUGAGGUUGGCCAGCUUCGUGCCGCCACCGCCGAGUGCCGCCCUGACCCUGGUAGGCCUAGCCAGGCACCAGCCUUCGUCUCAACCAACGAGACCAAGAUGGUCGUGGUCGACGACGCCGAUCCAACCAAGACGGUGCGGAUCAGCUCCCAGCUGCCGGCCAAAUAG